AUGCCGGCCGUUUGCCCAGAGGGCAAACUACAUUCGCUCGGUCCAGCGGUCCCGGAGGGCAGCAUGUCAACAAGAAUCCGGGCCUCCAAGUAUUACACUUCACGGUCGGAUUCUCUCUCGUUCCAGGCUCAAACCCACAGACAUCGAGAUGCAAACACGGACGAAAACUUGGAAAAGCUUGUUGAGGAAGUCCAGCGGAUCUAUCGCGAGUCAGUCCCCGGUGAAACGACGCCGGGAAAGCGAAAGAAGCACGAAGAGGUAGCCAGAUCAUUUGACAGGGCAAGGCUGCGUGAGAAGAAACAGCACAGCUCCAAGAAGCAGUUCCGUAGGGCGGUCGAAUGA